GACUGCUGGAGUUGUCCUCCCAGUAGUGUGGCUUUUGUUUUUCUCCUGGUGAAAGCAGAUUCUUGAAACAAUGGGCUUCACUCUCCACUCUGUCUACUUCACUUUGAAGGUGAGUUUGCUGCUUGGCUCCUUGCUGGGUCUCUCUUUGGGUCUGGAGUUCAUGGGCAUCCCCAACCAGUGGGCCCGCUUCCUCCGCUGGGAUGCCAGCACUAGGAGUGAACUCAGCUUCCAGUUCAAGACCAACGUUUCUGCUGGGCUGCUUCUCUACUUUGAUGACGGUGGUGUCUGUGACUUCCUCUGUCUGUCUCUUGUUGAUGGGCGCAUCCAGCUCCAGUUCAGUGUGGACUGUGCAGAGACUACAGUUAUCACAGAUAAGCAGGUCAACGACAGCAACUGGCACUUCCUGAUGGUCAGCCGCAAUCACCUUCGGACAGUGCUAGUGCUGGAUGGUGAAGCCAAACCAGGUGAGGUGCGUCCACAGCGUCAAUAUAUGAAUAUUGUCAGUGACCUUUUUGUGGGUGGAGUCCCUUUGGACAUCCGUCCUGCCACCUUGACCCUUGAUGGUGUUCUGAGUGAGCCUCCAUUUCAAGGAUUUAUUCUGGAUCUGAAAUAUGGCAACUCUGAGCCGCAUCUUCUGGACAGUCAAGGAGUCCGACUGGAAAUGGAAGGGCUUUGCGCAGAAAACCCUUGUGAAAAUGGUGGCACUUGCUUUCUUCUAGAUGGUGAGCCACACUGUGACUGCUCAGCUACUGGGUACGUUGGCAAGCUGUGUUCUGAAGAUGUCAAUCACAUUCCAGGUCUCUCACACCUGAUGAUGGGUGAACAAGCGCGAGAUGAGAACAUGGCCACUUUCCGUGGUUCCGAAUAUCUUUGCUAUGACCUGUCUCAAAACCCCAUCCAGAGCAGCAGCGAUGAGAUCACUCUCUCCUUCAAGACAUGGCAACGCAACGGGCUCAUUCUGCACACCGGCAAGUCUGCUGAUUAUGUCAACCUGGCCCUGAAAGAUGGUGCGGUCUCACUGGUCAUUAACCUGGGGUCUGGGGCCUUCGAGGCCAUUGUGGAGCCUGUCAAUGGCAAAUUCAAUGACAACGCAUGGCAUGACGUUAAGGUGACGCGCAACUUGCGGCAGGUGACCAUCUCUGUGGAUGGCAUCCUUACCACCACGGGUUACACACAGGAAGACUACACCAUGCUGGGCUCAGAUGACUUCUUCUAUGUGGGAGGGAGCCCCAGUACUGCUGAUUUACCUGGCUCUCCAGUAAGCAACAACUUCAUGGGCUGCCUCAAAGAGGUUGUUUAUAAGAAUAAUGACAUUCGUCUGGAGCUGUCUCGCUUGGCACGGAUUGGUGAUACUAAGAUGAAAAUCUAUGGAGAAGUGAAAUUUGUAUGUGAGAAUGUGGCCACACUGGACCCCAUCAGCUUUGAGACACCUGAGGCAUAUAUUAGUUUGCCCAAAUGGAACACCAAAAGGAUGGGCUCCAUAUCAUUUGAUUUCCGAACCACCGAACCCAAUGGGCUAAUACUUUUCACCCAUGGCAAGCCUCAGGAGAGGAAAGAUGCCAGGAGCCAGAAAAACACGAAGGUAGACUUCUUUGCAGUUGAACUUCUAGAUGGGAACCUCUACUUGUUGCUGGACAUGGGAUCUGGGACCAUUAAAGUCAAAGCCACACAGAAGAAAGCCAAUGAUGGAGAAUGGUAUCAUGUGGAUAUUCAGCGAGAUGGAAGAUCAGGUACUAUAUCAGUGAAUAGCAGACGCACCCCAUUCACCGCUAGUGGAGAGAGUGAGAUCCUAGAUCUGGAGGGUGACAUGUACCUGGGUGGGCUGCCAGAGAACCGGGCAGGACUCAUCCUUCCCACUGAGCUCUGGACAGCAAUGCUGAAUUAUGGCUACGUUGGCUGUAUCCGAGAUUUGUUCAUCGACGGGCGAAGCAAGAACAUCCGGCAGCUGGCAGAGGCACAGAAUGCAGCAGGAGUCAAGUCCUCCUGCUCCCGCCUGAGUACCAAGCAAUGUGACAGCUACCCAUGUAAGAACAAUGCAGUCUGCAAGGAUGGCUGGAACCGCUUCAUUUGUGACUGCACUGGCACUGGCUAUUGGGGGAGAACAUGCGAGCGAGAGGCCUCUAUCUUGAGCUAUGAUGGCAGCAUGUACAUGAAGAUCAUCAUGCCCAUGGUCAUGCAUACUGAGGCAGAAGAUGUGUCCUUCCGUUUCAUGUCCCAGCGUGCCUAUGGGCUGUUGAUGGCAACCACCUCACGAGAUUCUGCUGACACUUUGCGUCUGGAGCUGGAUGGAGGCCGUGUCAAACUAAUGGUCAACUUAGACUGUAUCAGGAUAAACUGUAACGCCAGCAAGGGACCUGAAACUCUUUAUGCGGGGCAGAAGCUCAACGACAAUGAGUGGCACACUGUUCGGGUAGUUCGACGUGGAAAGAGCCUCAAACUGAUGGUGGAUGAUGAUGUUGCUGAGGGCACAAUGGUUGGUGAUCACACUCGCUUGGAGUUCCAUAACAUUGAGACAGGGAUCAUGACGGAGAAACGUUACAUUUCUGUCAUCCCUUCUAGCUUUAUUGGUCACCUUCAGAGCCUCAUGUUCAAUGGGAUGCUCUACAUUGACCUGUGCAAGAAUGGUGAUAUUGACUACUGUGAGCUGAAGGCACGCUUUGGUCUCCGCAACAUUAUAGCUGACCCUGUGACAUUCAAGACUAAGAGCAGCUACCUGAGUCUGGCCACCUUGCAGGCUUAUACAUCCAUGCACCUCUUCUUUCAGUUCAAGACCACUUCAGCUGAUGGUUUCAUACUCUUUAACAGCGGUGAUGGUAAUGACUUCAUUGCAGUUGAGCUAGUCAAGGGCUAUAUACACUAUGUGUUUGACCUCGGGAAUGGACCCAAUGUUAUUAAAGGCAACAGUGACCGUCCUCUUAAUGACAACCAGUGGCACAAUGUUGUCAUCACCAGAGACAACAGUAACACACACAGUCUAAAGGUGGACACUAAGAUGGUCACUCAAGUUAUCAAUGGAGCCAAAAAUCUGGAUCUUAAAGGCGAUCUCUACAUUGCUGGUCUAGCUCAAGGCAUGUACAGCAACCUCCCAAAGCUAGUGGCCUCACGUGACGGAUUUCAGGGCUGCCUAGCAUCUGUGGACUUGAAUGGGCGUCUUCCUGAUCUAAUUAAUGAUGCUCUGCACCGCAGUGGGCAGAUUGAACGUGGAUGUGAAGGACCAAGCACUACCUGCCAGGAAGAUUCCUGUGCAAAUCAGGGUAUCUGUAAUCAGCAGUGGGAAGGCUUCACCUGUGAUUGCUCCAUGACUUCAUAUUCUGGGAGCCAGUGUAAUGACCCUGGUGCCACGUAUAUAUUUGGGAAGAGUGGAGGCCUCAUCUUGUACACCUGGCCAGCUAAUGACAGACCAAGCACAAGGACUGACCGUCUUGCUGUGGGCUUCAGCACAACAGUGAAGGAUGGCAUUCUUGUACGGAUUGACAGCGCCCCUGGACUCGGUGAUUUUCUGCAACUGCAUAUAGAGCAGGGCAAGAUUGGCGUAGUCUUCAAUAUUGGCACAGUGGAUAUCUCUAUUAAAGAGGAAAGCACACCUGUGAAUGAUGGCAAAUACCAUGUGGUGCGCUUUACCAGGAAUGGCGGCAAUGCUACGCUUCAAGUUGACAGCUGGCCAGUGAAUGAACACUAUCCAACAGGACGACAGUUAACGAUCUUCAACACCCAGGCGCAAAUAGCCAUAGGAGGAAAAGACAGAGGGCGUCUCUUCCAAGGCCAACUCUCCGGUCUCUAUUACAAUGGCUUGAAAGUGUUGAACAUGGCAGCAGAGAACAACCCUAACAUUAAAAUCAAUGGAAGUGUCCGUCUUGUCGGGGAGGUCCCUUCCAUCUUGGGAACAACACCCACAACCUCUGUGCCACCAGAAAUGUCUACUACUGUCAUGGAAACCACAACUACGAUGGCCACCACUACAACCCGAAAAAAUCGUUCACCACCUAGCAUCCAGCCUACAACAGAUGACAUUGUUUCAUCCGCUGAAUGUUCUAGCGAUGAUGAAGAUUUCAUUGACUGUGAACCCAGUACAGAUAAGAGUCUUUCCACUUCAAUCUUCGAAGGUGGCUACAAAGCACACGCACCCAAGUGGGAAUCCAAGGACUUUAGACCUAACAAAGUCUCCGAAACUGGUAGGACUACUACCACGUCUUUGUCCCCUGAGCUGAUCCGCUCCACAUCUUCGUCCUCGACUGGGAUGGUACCCAAAUUGCCAGCCGGCAAAAUGAAUAACCGUGAGCUCAAACCCCAGCCUGACAUAGUCUUGCUUCCGUUGCCCACUGCCUAUGAGCUAGACAGCACAAAGCUGAAGAGCCCGCUAAUCACUUCCCCCAUGUUCCGUAAUGUGCCCACAGCAAACCCCACGGAGCCAGGAAUCAGACGGGUUCCGGGGGCCUCAGAGGUGGUCCGCGAGUCGAGCAGCACAACGGGGAUGGUCGUCGGCAUUGUGGCUGCUGCCGCCCUCUGCAUCCUCAUCCUCCUGUACGCCAUGUACAAGUACAGGAACAGGGACGAGGGGUCCUAUCAGGUGGACGAGACGCGAAACUACAUCAGCAACUCAGCCCAGAGCAACGGCACGCUCAUGAAGGAGAAGCAGCAGAGCUCAAAGAGUGGCCACAAGAAACAGAAAAACAAGGACAAAGAGUAUUAUGUGUAAAAAAGAAUACUUAUUUAUAUAUAAAUAUAUAAAUACUUAAUGAGAUUUAACUAUCAGAAUCAUUGCAGUGAACGAGAUUAGGAGAUAUCGUUUGUGGGAAAAAGUAUUGGGAAAAAAAAUAUCAGCAGUGACUGUUAAUGUCUCAGUCAUCACUUGGAGUCAGCAAACUCUGCCCUAAUGUAUUAUAAAGCACACUUAGCGUUCUGGAGAUGGCGCAUACAGCUCUGCCCUGUUAGUGAACUUGGACGUCUCCAAAUCUCCUCCUCCGCUGAACUUUCUGCAAAAGUAGAAGACUUCAUGGCUUACUUGUUUCAUAUCUCCAAGUGAGUCUUUAACAAUGUUCGUGA